ACAUGACGUUACGUCACUAUUCAUAAUGGCGAACGUCAACAUGAUUGGAGCCAUAUCAUAACAAGGUACAAUAGUUCAAAUUAUUUCACACAAGUCAUUAGUGCCUUUUAUAUCAAACUGUCAGAAUGUCUAACUCACAGACAUCGUUGAUCGCCAGUCUUGUACACACUAUCAGUGCCCACACAUCUGAUAUUAACUGUGUAGCGUUUUCAACUGACAACAAACUUGCGACUAGCUCUGGUGACAAAACCACACGGCUUUGGGAUGUCAGUGAUUUCACUGAACUUCAAAGCUCUCCACUGUGUGGGCAUACCUAUUAUGUACACUGCUGUGCAUUUUCACCAUUUGGAACCACAGUAGCAACUUGCUCCACCGACGGUAAACUAAUUCUUUGGGAUGUGCAGAAGGGGAAAAAAUUGGCAAUAUUACAGCAUCAGAAACAGAGUGGUAUAAAGGUGUGUCAAUUUUCUCCGAACUCGAAAUAUUUGAUAUCAGGAAGUGAUGAUGAAACAGCGUGCUUGUGGAAUGUGCAACAACAAAAAUUGAUAAGGACCUAUUCUGAGCAUGACGCAUCAAUCGUGGGAUGUGCUUUCUCCCCAGACAGUAACUUCGUGGUGACCGGUUGUUCCAACGGUAACCUCCGAGCCUGGGACUCCAACUACGGACACUCCAAACAUUUGGCCUAUAUCCUGGAAGGUCACGACCUUGGGGUGACAUGUUGUAACUUCUCCCCCACCUAUGGGUCUGCCAGAGAAUCAUACAAAGAUGGCAGUGUCUGUUUCCUGUUAGCCACCUGUGGCCAGGACAGUCUGGUCAAACUCUGGGUGUUCACUACAGAACUGGGCAGUAGAACGGUCAAUUUGACCACAAUACACGAAAUGGUUGGUCACAGUGGACCAGUCAUGUCCUGUUGUUUCUCCCCGAACGGCCAGCUGCUUGCCUCCGCGUCAAUUGAUAAAACUAUCAGACUGUGGGACCCGGCAUCAGGAAGCUCACUACACAUUAUAUCUGGACAUUCACGAUACGUGACCUGCUGUGCCUUCUCUAGCGAUAGCCGUAUGCUGGCCUCUGGGUCCAACGACAAGACAGUCCUUAUAUGGAAGAUCACCACCCAGGGCGAGGCCAUCGAUAAUAUGGACUCUAACCCUGAGCGACGAGGUUUGUCCGAGCAGAGCUACAUGACAGUGAAGCCUAUAGCUCAGUGGACACUGGACGACGUCUGUAAUUGGUUGGUCACUAUCGGUAUGGGGCAGUAUGCCAACAACUUCAAGUCGAACGACAUUGACGGUACAGAGAUGGUCAACCUCAACAACGAAAUGCUCGUCUCUCUCAGAGUAGAUGCCCUGGGUCAUAGAAACAAGAUUCUGAGAGCGAUGAAGUGCAUCAGUGUGAAGAACGAACACCUGUUCAAGGAUCCUGAUGCUGGCAUUCCAGACGAGUAUUUGUGUCCAAUCACGAGGGAGGUGAUGAAAGACCCUGUUAUAGCCGAGGAUGGUUACACUUAUGAGCGGGCCGCCAUAACAGCGUGGACGUCCAAGGGCAAGGACAGGAGUCCAAUGACCAACGCUGUACUGUCCACCAAACAACUCACUCCAAACCGCAGCCUAAAGAUGCUCAUACAACGUCACUUCAACGGCUGACCACGCUAGCUUGACUAUAAUUUACAAUAUACUCUGGACCAGUUAUUUCUCUUGAAUUUAUUUUUCAUGGUCCCAGGAAUUCCGAUGGACCAGCUUUUUCUCUUAAUUUUGUUUUCAUGGUCCCAGGAACUCCCAGGUCUUUCAACUUGAGAGUCCCUUUCUGGAAUACUGGAGUCCUGUCCAAGUCCUGCUGGUUUCUCUCCGAGUCACGGUGCAGACAGGGUAACUGUUGUGUAAAUAUUCUGGACUGUAGUCAUGGUAACUGAUGUGUGCAAAAAAAUAUGUAUUUGUGUCGAGAGGUAAUUUAUACAGCUUUAAUGCUUGUUUUUUAAAUCCAAAUCUCUCAUGAAGUAAAACCUCGUUAUACUGCCACCACUUGUCAAGAUAUAAAUUUGGCACUAUAAAGGGGUCUGGCGAUAAAUUGAGGGAAAAGUUUAGGGGAAAUCUGAAGAAAAACAAGAAAAAGGGACAUUGAAUUACAUUGGCAG